AUGACUCCCUGGAUUCCCACAAUUCCAUUAUUUAAGCCUUCUCCAAGAUCUCCGAAUAAUUGUCAUCAACCUUCAUUGCUUAUCUCUGACUUAUUUCACCAUGAGACUUUGAAAUGGAACACUGUUAUGCUUCAAGCUUUAUUUGAGAAAGAUUCUGUAAGGGAAAUUUCAAAAAUUCAUGUUUCUAAAGAUCCCAAUAUAAAAUAUAUUUGGACUCCCUCUUGUUCAGGGCGCUGCUCCACUAGCUCAGCCUAUCUUUCUGCUAUCAGUUCGAGAUAUUCCACAAAUGCUAUUCUAGCCUCUUCAAAUUUUUGGAAGUCCAUUUGGAAGCUCAAUCUUAAUGAUAGGCUCCGGCUUUUCUUAUGGAAAAUAGCUUGGAACAUCCUUCCAACAAAAGAACGGCUUAAUUCUAUUUUUCCAUCUAAUCUUGAAGCUUGCCCUCUAUGCAAAGUAUUAGAAGAUUCUCUCCAACAUUUAUUCUUCAAUUGCAGCUUUGCCCGUAUCAUUUGGCGUAGCUCAUCUUGGCCUCUUGACUCAACGGCUCUUAAUUUCUCUAAUAUGAGGGAUUGGAUAAAUCUUAUCCUCUACCCUGGGGCUAUGCUUGGUAUUCCAAUAGAAGAUCAUCAUCGAUUUCAAAUCUUUGCUUCGGUAGCAUGUGAUAUAUUAUGGUCUUCUCGUAACAAAGCCUAUCACGAUGGCACCACUUUCGAUGAUCUACAAGUUUCUAGGAAUGUUAAUAAAUUAACACUUGAGCAUUUUGAAGCUUGGCAUAAAUCUAGUAUAUCACUAGUGGAAAAAUGGAUUCCUCCUCCGCCAGGUUGGUUUAAGAUCAAUUAUGACACUGCUAUUCAGGAUUCAUUUUCAGUGCAAGCUGCGGUUUGUUGUAAUAAUUCAGGUAACAUUAUAAGAAUGACUUCUCAGAUUAGCUCUAAAUGUUUGCCCAACAUUGGUGAAGCUAUGGCUGUUCUUCUUGCUGUGCCUCUGGCUUCUUCUUCCAACAUCAAAAAGUUUAUCCUGGAGGGAGAUUCUUUAGUUGUCAUUUUAGCUCUACUCAAUCCUAAUUUCUCUCAAGAUUGGCGUAUCUCUCCCAUUAUAUUAAAGACGCUUGACUCUAUCCCUGCUUCUUCUUCUUGGAGAGCUCGAAAAGUUAAUAGAAGUGCAAACUUUUGUGCCCACUCAGUGACACAUUGGGCCGCAACCAGAUUUUCAUCUGGCAGCAUUCCCAUUACUCCUCCUACUCCCUCUAUUAGGAUUGUUAGUGGAAAGGAUCCUUCUUCUUUGGUUUUGGUUUGUUAA